GUUUACCUGACGUAGCGGAACGUCAUCAAACUGCGUCAAGCACCGCGUAUGUGUGCUUGUGUGAUUUCCAAAUAAGAUUGAUUUGUAAAUAGGUGAACAUGCCUAUGAAAGGGAGGUAUCCGAUCAGAAGGACGCUGGAAUACCUCCAGAAGGGCGACAUCAUCUUUAAGAAGAAGGUGAAGAUCAUGACCGUGAAUUACAACACGCAUGGAGAGCUCGGCGAGGGAGCAAGGAAGUUUGUGUUCUUCAACAUCCCGCAGAUUCAGUACAAGAAUCCGUGGGUCCAAAUAAUGAUGUUCAAGAAUAUGACACCAUCGCCCUUCCUGAAGUUUUACCUGGAUGAUGGUGAACAAGUCCUGGUGGAUGUGGAGGGAAAGGACUGCAAGCAAAUUUCACAGCAUGUUAAGAAGAUUUUGGGUAAAUCAGAUGAAGUGCUGCAUGCUGAAGCUCAAGCCGAGAUGCAGGCAUCCCACCCUGCCAACUUCGGCCCAAAGAAGUACUGUCUGAGGGAGUGCAUCUGUGAAGUGGCGGGCCAAGUGCCGUGUCCCAGCACCAAGCCGCUGCCAAAGGAGAUGACGGGCAAAUACAGAGCCAAGAUGGCACAGUCACAGGACUGAGAGGCCGAGCGGCUCACUUUUCCAUCUCCUCUGGACAUUUAUCUGGCUGUGAUGGCUAUAUUAAAGGACAUAUGCUCCAGCCAGAAGCUGCAGCAUCGCACUGACACACGAUGAUCUGCUCCACCAUUUUCACACAGACUUUUUUCAUCAAUGCACAUGUUAACAUCCAACUGUCAACAGCUAAUUUAUGUGAAAUUCUGUGCAGGUUAAUAUGUAUGUUUGCGUUACUGCUGGGAUAAAGUUUUACACUCAAAGAUUUUCAGUCUCGUGUAUGCAAGUGAUGGUGUGACACAUGCAUAAUCCAUAUUGACUCAUCCUGCCAAUCCUGGAAACAAAGAAACCCCCAUCUGCUGUUCUGUUGUACUCAUUUAGUGAUGUCAAAGUUAUUUCUCCACUGCUCUGAGAGAACUCCUUCAAUCUAAUCUAAUCUAGUCAUAAUGUGCAUCUUUGUAAAUUAGGAUAUCAGAAGAAUUUAUUUCACAAAUUCAAAUAAGAGUUAUGACCAACAUAAGUUUGCUACAUGCUGAUAUUUGUGUCAAAUUACAGUAAUGGCCUUCAGCUAUUCUGCAUUGUUGAUUCUGGUGUUUCUAAACUUUCCUGCAGAGUCUCCAUAAAGCUUGUCAGUAGAGGGAA